CCAACUCCCACAACUGCAGCUUCCGAGAUGUGCAGAUGCAGACCGCUAGACAGAAGGUGCAGAAGGUGCUGUCCGCAGACACCAACAAGUUCAGCGCGGAUGACUGGGCGGAGGUCUUGGACUGUCUAGGGGGAUGCCCACCAGAGGUGGCAGCAGCUCUCCGCGAUCUGCAGAAAUCACGAAGCCUCGAUAACGCGGCCUUCCUGGACGAGAUCUUUGGUCCGGAAAAGUCCACUGGCUGCGCGCUGCGCAUCAUUCAAAUCACCGAUGUCUACAUCUUAGAUAACUUCCCCAGCCUGAGGACCCUGAUUCAGAAGAAGGAAGCAGAGCUUAAAGCGCGCUUUGGAGGCGAAUCUCGAUGCAUCUCGAUGCUGACUGGUGAUUUCCUGGCGCCAUAUUUAUUGUCUUCUAUUGAUCGGGGAACUGGCAUGAUUCGCAUGCUGAACGAGACGCCCAUCAAUUAUGUAACCUGGGGAAAUCACGAGGCAGACCUGUCGCACGAAGAUGUGAUGUGCCGCGUGGAGGAGUACGAAGGUGUUUGGAUCAACAGCAACAUGCAGUCCCACGAAUCCUUCAAGAAGUGCAAAUGCCAAAAGGACGUAGAAAUCAUUGAGCUUCGGAAGGGAGACAAAGUCCACCGAGUGGGAUUGGUGGGCGUGCUCAGCGGCGAGCCCAGCUUGUACAAGCCUGGUGCCUUUGGGGGUGCAACGAUUGAAGAUCCGUGGAAGACGCUGGCACACUACAAGAAGAGUCUGCAGAAAGAGCAGUGUGAUUUGGUCAUUCCGCUCUGUCAUUUGUACGAGAAUCAGGACGAAAUUACCUGCAAGAACUUUGAUUUUCCGGUAGUCCUAUCUGGACAUGAUCAUCACAUUGUGGAUCGGAUUGUUGAUGGCACUCGGAUCCUGAAACCUGGUUCUGAUGGCCAUUAUGCUGUGAUGCUUGACAUUAUUUGGGACGGAUCUGACGGCCCCAAGAUUGAGGCAGAACUGCUGAAGGUGGCCGACUUUGAAGCUGAUGCCUUGCUAGCUGAACACGUGAAGGAGGUUUACUCCACUCUGGAUCAUUUGCGCUACACGCAGGUUGUUAAGGUGCCCAAAGCUUAUCGGCCCCUGAGCUCCGUCAACUCCAGAGGAUCCUGCACCUCCGCUGCUCGUUUCUUUUGCACGGAGAUCCGCAACGCUCUGAACCUGGACUGCCUAGAGGACAGCCCUCAUUGCGACUGCGUGGUCAUCAAUGGCGGUAACUUUCGCGGCGAGCGGGACUACAAAGACGUCAGGCGCCUUUCCUUGGAGGAUUUGAAGUCAGAGAUCGAUGAGUCCGUGGAGAUUGUCGUGGCCGAGCUGCCCGGCUGGAUUCUGCAAGGCCUCCGGGAGACCUGGAAAGUGGUCAGCGGUGCCUGGAUGCAGCACGAUGAUGGCAUCGAGGUGGACGACCGCGGCCAUGUCGUGUCUGUUGCGGGCAAAGCGCUGGAUGAGGAUGGCACCUACCGCAUUGGCACCACCAGGCGGUUCGGGAUACAGCUGAUGUCAAGCGUGGCGUCAUACUGGGAGCAGCGACCAGAGUUGCGACCACAUCCCGAGUCUGCAGUUCCCGUGCACUCCCUGCUGUUGCACUACUGGGCGGAAAAGGUUUGGGUGCGAAUUUGGGCAUUUCUGGACAAAGACGGUAACGGUCGCAUCGAUCCGGAAGAGAUCCAGGCACUGGACAGGACUGGAGAUGGUGAGCUUGACCAAGACGACAUCAUGUGUGCCGUGAAGAGCGUGGCCAAUCUGGAGACUUUCGAGGGCGAGUACACGCUGACUGACUUAGUCAUGAAGGCUUCGAAUUGCUUCGGACCUUCGGGAAAGAUUCCUAAAUUGCAUACAGCUUGCUUUCAGGUGGCUGGCCAUCGAGGACAGGGGACAUUGACUUUGAGGGAGAUCAACCACCGCCGUCGGCACCGCCGAAAACAGCUGAAGGAAGCUAGGACAAGAGAGUCUCAGUUUCCAGCGGAGCUGCUGCCUGACGGCCAUGUACAAGAUCAGCAGAAUGUGUAGACUUGGUGCUAGCAGAAGACCUGGUUUGGCACCAAAAGUGAGCGAGCUUCAUUUCAGGCCAGAGCAGCGUUGUGGAGUUGCUUUGGGGCGGGCGCAGGUUGAGGAGUUCGCGGCCUGGAAGCCAGAUUCAUCGUGCCCCUGCUUGGACCACGCCAGGUGCGGAGUGCUGCAUGACAAGAGUGCAGACGUCAUGGUAUGGGGAGAGUGUCCCACCCAUGAAAUGUCCCAAAUCAAUCUCAAUGGAUGCCGCCUCGGAAACAAGAGCUUCAAGGGGGAUGACUUGGUGGAGCCAGAGAUGAUGUGUGAGGACUUUGCCGUCGGCAUCAAGAAGAUUUGGGUUAACAUGAAAGUUGCUGGUUUGCUAUGCUUCUCACUUGGGGUGCGGUGCUGCAAUCCCCACUGCAGAAGUGAGCGCUUUUGUGUGACUCUGAUCAACAAAGUUGGACAAGUGUGCAAAACAGUGAAUUCCAUACCUUGCUGCAAGAAGCCGCAAUUGGAUCUGACAGAGUUGAGAGCUAGACUGUUGCAAGUCGGCGAUGAGACGAAGGUCCACAUAAAUCAAAUCCACUUCCCCGACUGGUCUUCGGAUGAAGUUGAGGAGUCCUCGGUACUGGAAGUUGUGGUGUGUGAAGAUAGAUUUGUGGCAACUCCAGGGCCCCAGGCAAAUUUCUUUAAACACGCCAAAGAACACUUCGGCAAGAGAGAAAUUCGAGUAGAGCGCCUGUUGAGCCCUGAAUUCUCACAUUUGAUGGUGAGAAUUAUGCAGUGUUGACAUCCAUGCAGUCUUGCGCCUUAGAAUCUAGAGUCCUUGGAGUUUCCUUGCCAGUGGC